UGUGCUAGUUCAGAAGCCUGGGGCGCAGUGGACAAGCCACGUGCACCACCGCAGCAGCACUGACCAGCGUCCACAACUCUUCUGCAGGAGUGAAUCAACAAGAAGUGUGCUCCUGUUCUGGACGUGAAGAGACUUCACUGUGCCUGGCGGAGAAAUACCCUUCUUGAUUCCUGCACCCCAUAUUCAAAUCUACAGCUGAGAUCAACAGAAAAGAAAUGAUAAAAUUUUUUCUUAUGGUAAACAAACAAGGUCAAACAAGGCUCUCUAGGUAUUAUGAGCAUGUAGAAAUUAAUAAACGGACAAUGCUGGAAGCUGAAGUAAUCAAAAAUUGUCUCUCCCGUUCAAAGGAUCAGUGCUCUUUCAUUGAGUAUAAGGACUUUAAGCUGGUAUACCGACAGUACGCAGCCCUUUUUGUAGUCGUUGGAAUCAAUGAGACAGAGAAUGAGAUGGCAGUAUAUGAACUAAUUCAUAAUUUUGUGGAAGUUUUGGACAAAUACUUCAGCAGAGUGAGUGAAUUAGAUAUCAUGUUCAAUUUGGACAGAGUGCACAUCAUUUUGGAUGAAAUGGUGCUAAAUGGCUGCAUCGUGGAAACAAACAGGAACAGAAUUCUUGCCCCUCUGUUUGUGCUUGACAAAGUGGCAGAAAGCUAGGAAGAUGCAAGACUGACCACAGCAUUUUACAAAAAAUGGUGAAACCAUCAAGAGCGUACUGACAGCAGUUUUCUGAUGUCAUAAGACAGACUCAAGCCAUAUUCAAAUUAGUUGGAAAAUAUUUCCUGUUUCUCCUAUACCCUACGUACCUAAUGGAAAGAGACGGCUAAACAAAGUGGAACCUUCAAUUUCAGAUGCAGCUUUACUGACAUAGUAGAAAUCCUUCUAGAACAGUCAACAUUUUUUUUAAAUUGACUGAGGAUUAAGUAACGGAAACUUACACAUGACCAUCUCGGUAUCACUUUGAAUUACGUAGCAUUGUGCCAGACCUAGGAGAAGACAGAAGAUAUGGAAAUAUAAAUUCAAACUGAGUUUCAGUGCUUCCUUUAAGUACCAACUUGAUUUUUUUAUUUUCAUACAAAUGUACUGCAUAUUAAAGUUCUGUAACUUUUAUGACCACUUUUAAACUAGAUUCACCUUUCACCAAAGAGCUGGUUUCACUCCGUUUUCCAUGUAAGUCAUGGUUACAAGAGAAAUGUAAAUAACAGAAGUAUAGAUGUGUUUAGUAUUCAUACAUACUGUGUAAGUUGUAAUAGAAGUAUUUGGCAG